UCUAUGACAUCAACUUAGCUUUUGAGUACCAAAAUCAGAACACAAAAGAAUGACACACUCUUUCUCCCACCCUUCAACUGCACCUUUAACUAUCUUCCACUUUCUCCCAGGCUCAGAUCCCCCUUACAAAUUCCUCCAAACCCACCCAUCUUUUGCUCUUUUAUCAAAAUGCAAAAACAUGGAGGACCUUAAAAAAGUGCAUUCUCAGUUCAUAAAAUUUGGUUUACACAAUACCCAAUUUGCACUAAGCAAACUAAUUGAAUUUUGUGCAGUUAAUCCUAAUGCUGACUUGCCAUAUGCUUUAUCAAUCUUUAAUACUACUGAAAACCCUAAUCACGUUAUGUUUAACAUGAUAAUUAGGGGAUACUCAUUGAGUGAAUAUCCAAAUUUAGCAAUUGAAUUUUAUGAAAAAUUGCUUUUUUCCGGUAAUUUACCGAAUUCUUAUACAUUUCCAUUUGUUUUUAAAUCUUGUGCUAAAGUUAUGGAUACCCAGAUGGGGAAAGUGAUUCAUGGGCAUGUUUUUAAGCUUGGGUUGAUGACUGAUGUUUAUGUACAUGCUUCACUUAUUAAUAUGUAUGCUCAAAAUGGUGAAUUGGAUGAUGCUAGAUUGGUGUUUGAUAAAAGUUCUGAAAGAGAUGCUGUGUCUUUCACGGCAUUGAUUAAUGGGUACGCGUUGAAGGGCCGUGUGGAUGAUGCUCGUCAGCUGUUUGAUGAAAUGCCUGUAAGAGAUGUUGUUUCGUGGAAUGCUAUGAUUUCAGGGUAUACUCAGAUGGGUCGGUUUGAGGAGGCGUUAAUGUUGUUUGAGGAGAUGAGAAAAGUGGAUGUGACACCUUCGGUGAGCACGUUGUUGAGUGUUCUCUCUGCUUGUGCUCGUGCAGGUGAACUUAAAUUAGGGAGUCGGGUGCAGUCGUGGAUUGAAGAUCAUGGUCUUGGUUCGAAUAUACGUCUUGUGAAUGCCCUUAUUGAUAUGUAUGCAAAAUGUGGCAAUAUUGACAGUGCAAGGAACUUAUUCGAGGGUCUAGAGGACAAAGAUCUCGUAUCGUGGAAUGUUAUGAUUGGGGGUUAUACACAUACGGGCAAUUAUAGAGAAGCGUUGGCUGUUUUUCAUCGAAUGCAGCUGGCAAAUAUGGCGCCUAAUGAUGUUACUUUGUUGAGUAUCCUUCCGGCUUGUGGGCAUUUAGGUGCUCUAGAUCUUGGCAAGUGGAUACAUGCUUAUAUUAACAAGCAUUGUCAACACUUACAAAACACUUCUCUUUGGACUACUCUGAUAAAUAUGUAUGCAAAAUGUGGAGCCAUUGCAGCAGCAAAACAAGUCUUUCAGGGAAUGAAAACUAAAACUUUAGCUUCAUAUAAUGUGAUGAUCUCAGGGCUAGCAAUGCAUGGGGAUGCAUAUGAAGCACUGGAGCUUUUCCGGAAAAUGACAGAGGAAGGAAUGAAGCCAGAUGAUAUAACAUUCGUCAGCAUUUUAACAGCGUGUAGUCAUGCUGGUUUAGUGGAUCUUGGUCAGGAAUAUUUUAAUACCAUGAUCCAAAGCUACAACUACACACCAAAGUUGCAACAUUAUGGAUGUAUGAUUGACCUUCUAGGACGAGCAGGGAAAUUCGAUGAAGCAAUGGCCAUGAUUGAAAGCAUGGACGUGAAACCCGAUGGUGCAAUAUGGGGUUCCUUGCUAGGGGCUUGUAGAAUACACAAGAAUCUUGAGUUAGGCGAAUAUGCUGCAAAGAACCUAUUUGAACUGGAACCUGAGAAUCCUGGGGCGUACGUGCUCUUAUCCAACAUCUAUGCAGGUGCUGGGGAAUGGGACAAAGUAGCAUUGAUAAGAACCUUUUUAAAUGAUAAAGGGAUGAAGAAAGUUCCCGGCUGUACCUCCAUUGAGAUUGAUAGAGUAGUCCAUGAGUUUCUUGUUAGUGAUAGAACACAUCCGCAAAGCAACGAUAUUUAUAAGAUGCUAGAUGAAGUUGAUAGGCUAUUGGAAAUGGCUGGCCAUGUUCCAGAUACAUCUGAGGUACAUUAUGAGAUGGACGAGGAGUGGAAGGAGGGGAAGCUAAGUGAACAUAGCGAGAAGUUGGCGAUCGCCUUUGGAUUGAUCAGUACCAAACCAGGGACAACUCUCAGGAUUGUUAAGAAUCUUCGAGUGUGUGGCAAUUGUCACGAAGCCACGAAGUUAAUAUCUAAGAUAUUUAAUAGGGAGAUCAUUGCAAGAGAUAGGAACCGAUUUCACCAUUUCAAGGAUGGAUUUUGCUCAUGCAUGGACUACUGGUGAACUGAUAAAGAUCAAGCAAGUGAUGGCUCAGUAUAUGCUCUCAUGUAUUUGAGAGAAGCAAAUAACAAUAUCCGAUAAAGAUGCUACUUCUAUAGCUGAGAAAAUAACUUGGUGUCGCAGAUUAUCCAAAAUGUCGAUCAUUAAGAUGGAGUGAUGGACAUAAAUUUUGUACAUUAUUCUCUGUAAACUCCAUUGACGAUUUCAAAUACUGCAACAGUGGUACGUAAGCUUUACAAAAUAUAUACUGUAAUCUUGAAAUGGUCACGAAGAAGAUA